AUGGCUUCCCAACAAAAAGUUACUGAAGAAACCCAUGCUCUCGCAGACUUUAACGUUAUUCCUAUUGGAAGUGGUAGUACUAGUAUUUCCGAAUACAUUGCUGAAACUCAAAAAGUCUUGAAGGAAUCUGGUUUGAACUAUAAACUUCACGCGUGCGGUACGAAUGUCGAAGGAAAAUGGGACGAAGUGAUGUCCACUAUUCGUAAAUGUGUUGAUCGUUUGCACGAGAUGGGAGUUUCGCGUGUCGACACCAAUAUUCGUAUCAAUGCAAGUACUCGUAAUGAUAAGAAGAUGACCUUGGAUGACAGCAUUCGCAUCACCAAUGAGAAAAUGUAG